CGCUCCCCGCCCCCGUCGGGAGAGAUAAAUGCUGACUCCGCCGCGAAGUUCCCGGCCGCUAAGUUUGCUCCGCCGCUGCUCCGCGCCCAGGAAGGCUGGACACCGUCCCGUGCCCGGCUCCGCUGCGCUCUCGGGCCCCCGCCGCCGCGCCCCUCCUCCGGACCGGCCUGUGGCUGCAGGGCUUUCCCAUCUUCUUCCAGCUCCGAAACCAGCCUCUCGGCCCCCGAGGGAGCGAAUCGAACGGAAAGAUGUGGAAGGUGCCAGUUCUCCUCCUGGUCUUGGGAAGCACAUCCUUCUGGGCUCCGGCAAAAGGAGCAGUCACACGCUGGCCAGAAGAUGACAUUACAACUCCAGGUACAGAAGAUGGCCUUGUGACCCGUGUAGAAGACAUGUCAACUCCAGCAGCUACUGAAGAGCUGGCAAAGUCUCCUGGCUUCACAACCCUGGUGGCAACAGGUGCCGUGAGUGUGACAGACCUUCACGUCGAGGAUCUGUCAACCCUAGAAAGCACCGUCCACACCAAAGAAAGCCAAAGCACCCCAGUCCCGAAGGAGAUGACGAGUCAUUCUGUGGAGAAAGUGGGGGGAGAGACACAGACAACGAUUGAGAAAGAUGGUUUGACGACGGUGACCCUGGUUGGAAUCAUAGUGGGGGUCUUACUAGCCAUUGGCUUCCUUGGUGGGAUCAUCAUUGUGAUUAUGCGAAAAAUGUCCGGAAGGUACUCACCCUGAGAGCUGAAGGAUCGUGUUCUACCAUCAACAUGCUUUAAAAAGAAAAUUUCUGACUCCACUCCCCACCCCCGCCCCUGCCCCUGAGCUCGUGGGAGAAGAUGACCUGUGGGAAUUGCUCACCCCACUCAAAAUCCACGGUGAUCCCUCCCCUUGCCACACACAACCGCGGGAAAGGACAGUGUAUCAGACUGCUCCUCCACGCAUUUGCCUUUUGACAACUUUUCUUGAAUAUAGAAAUUUUAUAAAAGAUGAUUUAAAAGACAAAAUGCCUAGACCACAGAGCACACCUAUGUGGGACUGACUUGUAACUGAGGUGUUCUCACCCAGUCGGCCUUGGAAACUGUAAUCACAUGCCUUCUUUCUGACCCUUCUGUUAUUGUUAAAAUGCAAAGGGAUCUGGAAAUAUUUAUAUCAACUGACUGAGGCCUUGAUCCAGUGCCACGUCAGUACGCGGCCCCAGCAUUUUGCAAUUGCUGAUCUGUUGAAAUGUACACAUUCCACUCUAGUUUGUUUUGCUUUGUUUUUAAGCCUGGUCUGGUAUGAUGAAUCAAGUAGAAAAAUCUUAACUUGGAUAAUAACGUGAUGAGCCACUGCCUUUAGCUGGUCCAGAUACAUCAUUUCAGUGACAUCCAUUUUCUGAUCAUAAACAGGAAGUGUAUACUUUGGAGAAGACGCUUUGUUUCUCAGAACACCACCAGGCAGCCUACAGGCGUGCUUCACCUAAAGCCUUCUCGUGGGAUGACUUGAUGAUUCAUCAAGGAUUCCUCCCAGGUGCCCCUGCUGCCUGGCUCUGAUGAUGUGCAGCCGGAGUUGGGGGAGGGGCAGCCUUCUCUUCCCUACGGCCUCUGGAUUGGCUGCUUUGCCCUGGAACAUGGAGAGCUCAGCGCUCCAGAUACUGAAGAAGUUUGCCCCAUGGGCUCAAUGGUACUGGAGACACCAGCCUUCCAGAAACCAAGAACGGUAUUGGACCCUAAGCAGACAGAACCCUUACCUGAGCCUAAGGUGGGGGAACUAGCUGGUUUUCUAAUAAUAUUUGCUGUCUGCCUCUGGGGAAAGAUAAGGGGAGAAAAAAAUCAUCUCAUACAAUAUUAAUAUUUAAAAAGUAACUGGAUUUUAAAGACUUGAUUUAAAAAUAGAAGAUGUCCCCAGUCUUAGGAUAUAAUCACACAUGGCUGUGGGGUCGUCCUGUUACAAAGAUCGAACCAAAGGAGGCCAGGAGGGAGGCCAGUGUGUCUCAACGCUUCUCUCCCCAUUGAGUUCUUUUUCCUAGAUAAAAAGUUUUUUAGUCUGAGCAAAUGCUUGCAGUGAUGCAGUCCUGAUAGCCUUUACACUUGGGAGAGCGUUCAAGACAGGAGGAAGUAACCCUCCUUUGGAAGCACAGCCCAUUCCUCCCAUUUUUUUCCAGUCACGUGCGGAUGUUAUUUUAAACAGUGUCUCUGUGUGUUUCCCAAAUCCAGCUGGCCCGCCGGCCCAGGUUCCAUAUUUGCACAUCAGUUGAUUGAGAGAAGGGAAGUUAGACGAGCCAUUUGAGGUUUUAGAGAAUUCAGUUUCCUUGUUCAGAUUUCUGAACAGGAGUAGGAACAAUGCUCAUUUCUUUUCCUUUCCUUCUCCCUUCCUUCACUCUCCCUCCGUGAAAAACAGCAGUCGACCCCAAGUCACACUGGACCCAGUGCCUGCUGGGACAGGACUGUGGGUUUCUUGUUCACACCUGUGUUGGUGCUCAAUGCAGUGUAGACGUGUUUCAAAAUAAAACAUGAUUGU